AUGGCAGCCCGGACCGCCGAUGCCGCGUCCACGGCCUUACGCAAGGAGGCCGCGGAGAUCAUGAAUCUGCGCUGCGAGGGCAGUGCCACCGCGGCGAUCGCGCAGGCGGUGAAGCUCGGCCUGAAGCACGGCGACUCCGCGCUCGUGCUCAACCUCGUUGGCACCCUGCACCAGAUCUCCUACGCCGCCUGCAAGUUUAUGGCGUGGAGCAACGCCGGUUCCGCUGCGGAGGAGAGCUCGGAGGCGGCGGGUCACAAGAGCUCCGCGCUCUACGCCUUCUCCGGCGCGGCGCGGCUCGCCCCCAAAUGCGUCAGCAUCGCCGUCUCGCACGCCCAGAUGCUCAUCGAGUGCGAGAGGUACGACGACGCGUACGACGAGAUCAUCCGCGCCCUCACGAUCUCCAAGUCCGACCCCGUCGACCCCGCGGAGAACGACGUGGCAUACGAUCUGUACGACGGCGAUACGACCCGCGCUGAGAGGUUGCAGAAAGCCAUGGUCGUGGCACGCCAUGCCAUGGAGCGCAUCACCACGGUGAUCUCUGAACAGUUCAUUCCCAUGGAGUCCGCGCGUGUUCUGGACGGCAUCAAGCUCGGCGGGGACGCCACCGCCAACGCGCGCGCGCGAGCGAAGCAUCUCGCCGCGACCUACCCGUUCGCGCCGCGCGUCCACGUCCUCCGCGCGUUCGUCGACCUGGAGCGAGUCCGCGGCUUCGACCCGGCCAUCGACAAGAGGCGGUUCCUGCGCCGCACCCUCGAUAUGGUACACGAAGCAGCGGAAACAUUCCCUCUCUCGCUCGUGAUCGCCUUGUUCCGCGCGAGGCUCUUGUUCGUCCUGGAUCAAUACGACGAUGCCGAGCACGAGUGCCGCAAGGCGAUUGCCCUCGAGAGUCCCCAGGACCCGAAGGCAGACGACUUGCCUCCUGGAUCUGUCAGCGGAGCAGAGUAUGAUGACAGAGUAUCUUUUGUCAAGAACCAGCUUCGAACAUUGAUGAAGAAGAUCAUAUUGACGGCUGCAAUUUACUUGCAAAUCCUAACCAGCGAGGAGGAGAAUAGCUUGAUGUCAGUGCGGACCAAACCAUUGAUUCAAUCCUGUGAUGAAAUUGACAAGUCGUCAGCAAAGACCAUAACUGAUGCACUGCGGUUUUUCAAGCAUAACAGUUCAUGGAGUUUCUGGAUUUGCCCUCUGUCUAACCGCUGUGAUCGCUGGAAGUUUGUGGACACUUCUUCACUCUGGAUACACCUAUGCAGCAAGCAUCCGGAGGGGUCCUGGGGCAAGCUGCAAUCAGUUCUGGGUCCAAAACUAUGUGAAAACACAUCAGAGGGGGAUUGUUCUUCCUUGAAAUGGAUAACUUGUAGUCAAGAUUCAGACCAGAAUGACAUCUUCCGUUUAAUAAAGGUGAAUGAUAUGUUCGAUUCCUUGAUUCGUCUGGUAGAGGGUGGAACAGAACCAGAUUUGGUGGAAAUGCGUACAGAGAAAUGCAGAGAAGGGGCUGAGAUCCUUGAGGGAAUCAAGGGAAGGAUGGAGACAUUGCCUACGGAUAUAUCUAGCUCUCAGUUUGAUGACGCUCGAUCUGAAAUACAAAAUAUGUGGCUUAAGUUCCUCAUAAAUUCUGUUUUGGAUUAUCAGGAGGUCAUAUUUCCAUUUGUGAGAUCUUUCAUAUGGGCAAAACUAAAGAAACGCAUGACUGGAGAUCCAAAUAUUGUUGGUCAUAUAAGUUCUUCCAAAAUAGACCCUGUAUUUGAGGAUGGGAAUUCAGGGGAUGUGGAAGGAACCGCGAUGGAGAUAGCUGAAAUACUGCUAAACAUGAAAUGCAGUCUAGAACUAGAAGAAACUUAUGGCCAAUCAAUGGAGGAAAUGGCAAACACCACUAGAUAUCAAAGUGUUGAUGUUGUCAGCAAAGAAAACAAUGACAAAGACCUGUUUAUCUUGCAUGCAAUCAUACAGUCAUUGUGGAAUUUGAGGUUCCUGAGAGAUGAGAUUUUAAUGGGAAAACCUGCAUGGAUCCUGAAUAUGAGUCAUAACUGCUGCAUGGCAGACCUGAUCCAUGAAAUCUUCUCUGCUUGGGGAAAAAAUGAACAGGGCGGAGUGGCUGCUUUACUGUCUUCUGUGAAGACCAGUCUCUGUAAAAUUGCAAAUGGUGACAUGUUCCAAAAGUUCCAAGCUGGAAAACAAAUUGCUUCUGAGGUUGUGGCAACGAUUCUUGAAGGAUUGCAUAGAUCAGAAGCUUCUUUGCAUUUUUAUUUCAACAGUGAGAUUGAGGAUUGUGAAGUAAGUCCUGUCAGCUGCGGAGAUUGCAUAUGCCGAACACAUAAUCUGUUUGGAAUUAUUUUCCAUGUGCAAAUGAGCUGUCGGUGUGGGAAGUCUUUUGAGAAAGAACAUACUACAAUAUUCUAUAGACUUGAUGCUGGUUCACCUCAAACAACAAAGCUCAAGUCCUUUUCAGAGCUUCCGGUUCUAUAUGAUGAGCAGUUAUGCUUUGAUGACAAUUGCGAGUAUUGUGGAAGUCCAAACAUUGUUGAUAUUUCUCCUUGGAGCGCACCACAUUUCUUUACAAUAGGUUUAGAUUGGUCUGGUGGCUGUGAGAACCAGGUUAAUCUAUCUGAAGUUCUGCUUGGCAUUGCACAUCCCCUUGAUAUUAAACUUCUCUGCAAGGGUGUUCGCUCCUCCGCAAACUAUGCUCUGGCCUCAAUGGUACGAAAUCCGAAAGGAGGGGAAAACAAUGAGCUGUUUGGUAUUGGUUGAUAUCAUUGUCAGUUAUGUUCCUUGACUGGUACUGUAUCUUAAUCAUAUACUGUAUUUUGAAUUAUACUCAUAAGGCAAGGGAGGUCACAAGGAUACUGCAUGUACCACUUGUCUUAAAAGGGAUGGUGUUAAUUUCAAGCAAGGUUUUACUAGAAUUAAACGGAUUAAGAUUGGUGUUUACCAGAUUCAAUCUGAUUAGUCUACAGCAGAUAAUAGGUUGAAGCAUCAUGUUCAUGUCUGAGUUGGCCACAUACUAUUUUGGUGAAUGUUUCUAAGUCGUCAAUGAUCUUGUUGGCGAAGUUUAUUCUCCGUUAACUUUACAAAGCUCCAGCAUUUGGAAUGCUUUAAAACAAGAAUUGGAGCAACAUUUGGUAGUCCGUGUAUGCAGAAGUGGCAAUAACAGAUUGUCCUGUGUGGUUGCACUUGUCAGGAUGUUUCACUGAUUGAGAAUUGAAAGGAAGUAACAUACCGGAUCUCUUAUGCCGAUGAGCGCUACAUCUGCUUUGCUCGCGACGAGGACAAGUGGCUCAUCUGUGAUGCGGGGAGUGUUGAGGUAG